GAUCACCCCCCUCUCCUUUGGCAACUGAUGUCAACGCAGCUGUUCCCUUGCAGGGCAGCGGGCACAAGAAGGUUCAGAUCCCGUCAGCGUGGCAGGCUUUCUUCAACAACUGUUUACCGCCGUCCAAAUGCUCUGUGGUUAUUAAGGGAGGGGGACCGCGGCGCGCACGACACCGUCCCCCUCCUAGGACGUCUCAUUAGAAACAAUGUUUGGACAAAGUGUUGCAACAGAUGCCACCUAAAGGACGGGAAGCACACCCCGUCAGCCCCCGACGCAUCUGGCACGCAUCUGGCAGACCCUGUGUUAUGGCACACGACGGCCACCGCCGUUUCGCCACGUGUGACACGCCAGACCCAACACAGGAGUCCCCACCUACCGCAGCAGAGACAGGUGGCUUCGGCUGACCCGGUUACCAUGCAAGUCAGGGGGGUGCAAGAUGCUUCGGAGCAACAGUCUGGAGACGACACCCCUGGCUUCGUCAUUUGGAGAGCUGUAAUUCCCGACAGGGAGUUGGAAAGCUGGCCCAACCCUGUGGCGAAUCAGGAUGCGUUAUACCCUCUGGAAAGAAGCACUUCCACAGUGUGAAACCCCCUGUCCUCCAGGAUACCGUGCGCUGCUCUGUGAGGACUCCUGCCCCACGAGGCCCUUCCUGCAGGGAUUACUGAGGGCUCAUCUGCUUGAGCUCUGACCUUCAGUGUGCAGGGCACUGAACUCUGUGGGAGAUGUUCCUCAUCUGCGUCCGUCUCUGACCCCGAUUUCCACAGCAAAGGAAAGGAACAGCAAGACGUCUCAGCAGGCUUAGCAUCUAACUAGCCAGAUGCUCUCUUGAUUACGAUUAGGUUUUACCUACUUGCCUCAGAAUAAGUUACAUGUUGGGGCGCCUGGGUGGCUCAGUUGGUUCAGCAACUGACUCUUGAUUUGGAUCAGGUCACGGUCUCAGGGUCACACGACGGAGCUCCGAGUUGGGAUCCCCACUCAGCCGCAAGUCUGCUUCCCUCCUUCUCACUCUGCCCCCUCUACUCUCUCUCUAAAAUAAAUAAAUCUUUUAAAAAAAUCAGUUACA